CUGUUUAUCCAACUUCUUUGCUUCACUAUUGUCUUGAAGCUCCACCGUUGUCUCAUUGGGCGUCUCCUCUUUCUCUGCUCCAAAUGCUUCUCCUCCUCCCGCCAUCUUCCUCCCUCUUCGCCUCCAGAUUCAAAGCACAUGGAUUCCCCACUCCGGGCCGCCUCGACCGCCAGCGGAUGCCUCUCCUUCACACCCCUCGGCGGCGGGGGAGCCGGCUGCCGGCGCUCGCCAGCUCUGACGACGUCGACGCCUUCACCAAGUACUCAGGCUAUCUCUUCGAGGGCGGCGUGUCAUCCGAGGCCGAGUUCCUGGACGCGUACGACCUGCCGUUGAUCACCUCCAUCUACCGCCGGAAGCCCUUCCUGGUCUUGCGACGAUUCCUCCAGAUCAGCACCACCUUCGGCCGGUGGGUCACGGUGCGGUACCUCGACAGCGUCUCGGAUCGCUCGGAUGAGAUGUUUAAGACUAGGGCGGCCGAGCUGCGCGCAAUUUUGCUGGAGCUUGGCCCGGCAUUUGUAAAAAUUGCUCAAGCGGUUUCAUCACGACCAGAUGUGAUUCCACCUGCAUAUUUAGAGGAACUGUCAUUGUUGCAAGAUCGCAUAACUCCCUUUUCAACUGAGAUUGCCUUCAAUAUGAUAGAGAAAGAGCUCGGACAACCAAUAGAUAUUCUUUUCUCUGAAAUCUCACCAGAGCCAAUUGCUGCAGCAUCUCUUGGACAGGUUUACCAGGCUAGACUUCGUUCUUCUCGAAAAGUCGUUGCAGUGAAGGUACAAAGACCUGGAGUUCAAGCAGCAAUUUCAUUAGACAUAUUUAUCCUGCGUUACAUUGCAGGGUUUGUGCGGAGAGCUGCCAGGCUUAACACUGAUCUUCAGGCUGUGCUGGACGAAUGGGCAUCAAGUUUAUUUCGGGAGAUGGAUUACCGUGCUGAAGCAAUGAAUGGACUAAAAUUCAGGAAGCUAUAUGGAGGACUACAGGAUGUAUUUGUACCAGAAAUGUACUUAGAACAAAGUAGUCGCAGAGUCCUCAUCAUGGAAUGGGUGGAUGGAAAUAAAUUGUCGGAGGUCAAAGAUAUUUAUCUCAUUGAGGUAGGAGUAUAUUGCUCGCUUUCUCAGCUUUUAGAUUAUGGAUUUUAUCACGCGGAUCCACAUCCUGGAAAUCUUCUGAGGACAUCGGAUGGGAAGCUAGCCUACUUAGAUUUUGGAAUGAUGGGCGAAUUUAGGCAAGAGCUUCGAGAUGGAUUUAUUCAAGCAUGUCUUCACAUGGUUAAUCGUGAUUUUGAUGCUCUUUCAAAUGAUUUUAUUACUCUUGGUCUCCUUCCUCCAACUGCACAGAAGGAUGAAGUUACCAAGGCAUUAACAGGUGUUUUCCAAAAUGCUGUGAACAAAGGAGUUCGAAAUAUAAGCUUUGGAGAUUUGUCGGGAAAUCUUGGACGAACCAUGUACAAAUUUAAGUUCCAAAUACCAUCUUACUUUUCUCUUGUCAUUCGAAGUCUUGCUGUUCUGGAGGGCAUUGCAAUCAGUUUUGAUCCAAAUUACAAAGUCUUAAGUAGUUCAUACCCAUGGAUUGCAAGAAAAGUUCUCACUGAUAGCUCACCUCAGCUGCAAUCUACCUUGCAGACUCUCCUUUAUAAGGAAGGAGUUUUCAGGAUUGAUCGUCUAGAAUCAUUGUUAACCGAGUCACUUCGUGCGAAGACCGAACAAUCUCUUGUUAGGAAAGAAGUGGAAGAUUCUGAUUCAAAUAAAGCAAUAAAACAAGUACUCUCAUUCACAUUGACUGAAAAGGGAGCAUUUGUCAAGGAAAUACUUCUGCAAGAAUUUGCUAAGGGAAUAGAUGCACUUGGCUUAGCAACUUUGGAAACUUUGACAUCUGCUGCUGCUGCAAGGUUGCCUUUUACCAUUGGAUAUUCAUCAUCCUUCAUGGAUAAUGAGGACAUUGCCAACUUGAGAACUCUAAAUCGCCUUCUUCUGCUGCUAUCCAGACUUCAGAAGAAUGAGAAUCCAAAUUCAGAAGUAAACUAUGCAAAUUCUGGAGAGAACAAAAAUGCUUCUGUGGAGGAGCUAUCUCUCGUUCUAUAUCAAAUGACAUCUGCACAGGAUAUUUUACCAAUUCUUUCUGUCAUUCCUGAGGUACUUCUGUUGGUGACCUAAGUUUAAGCAUGAUUAAAGUAUGGAAUCUUGCCAGAAGGCAUUUGCUGGUCAUGCAGUACUUAAGUUUUUUGACCAAAGGACAUGGAAGGCAAAUGAGUCAAAGUGAUAUAUUAGAAUAUCGGUAACAUGUAAUGGCUGGAACUGGCUAUUUUUUAUUACAUGAUAAUAUUUCCAAUAAACAAGAAACUUCAGGUGCAGGUAGGCCAAUUGAGGAUGUUCGUCUUGCAAUCCAACUAUUAGCUGGGCAGACUGGUCAUGUAUUCUAGUUAGAUUUAGCAAUCUGGUGCCAUACAUAGAGGAUAUGAAGUCUGAUGCUAGAACACGGUGAUAAUAAUGAACUGAUCAACAAACGUAAGACCCAGUAGCAGAAAAAUCCCAUGAAAAGAUUUUGAAGGAAAAAUAAACCAGGGAAACUGUGCAUGUCAGAGAAGAAUGGUCCCAGUACAAAGUACAAUUUUUUGUCAGAAAAAGCAUUUGUUGAUUUAUUACUAUCCCUGUGACAAACUGAAGCCUACAAAAUACAAAUUUUCAUGAAGUUUAAAAUCCAAGAUGAGCCAUUGGAAGACAGUAACACAGAAGGCAGCAAAUGCUCUCUAUUAAUAGGGCUAAAGGAAACAAUAAAUCAAGUCCAUAUCUGAGA